AUGGGUGGCGGUACCGAGCCAAAGGGAAAUGAUUCUUCCUACCCCCUCUUCGCCGAGCGGCCCGUCGGCGUUCCCAAGACGAGCAUUCUGAAGGGUCGCAUUGAACCGUUCUAUAAGUCAGGGCAGUACUAUAAGGUCAACUUACAGGCGAACAUGGACAAUGCCAGAUACUCAGGCAAACCUCAUGUGCAACUCUCCGUCUGGGACGCACCGGAUCUUUCCCGUCCGACAUUUGAAGAUGCUGUUAGUCACGAAUUCAGGGAAACCCAUACCGGCACUUCUUUUGGUCCUUCCUGGUCCACUCAUUGGUUCAAGGUCAUCCUUCGUAUUCCUGAGGACAUCAAGGAUGAAGAGCUCAUUGAAUUGCAUUGGGAUGCCAGCAACGAGGGUACCAUCUGGACAGAGGAUGGUGUCCCCAUUCAAGGCCUCACUGGCAGCGGAGAGCGCAUUGAGUGGAUCAUUCCCGACUCAUUCCGCGAUGGCGAAGAGCACACUAUUUAUAUCGAAAUGGCUUGCAAUGGUAUGUUUGGAAACGCCCCCAACGGUACUACCACCAUUGCUCCGCCGGAUCCCAACAGACGCUUCAACCUCAGCAAAGCCGAUAUUGUGGCCGUCAACGUACCAGCUCGCAAGCUUCACAUAGAUAUCUGGGAGAUCGGCGACGCUGCCCGUGAGCUUCCUGAGAAUUCGGCUGAGCAGAAUCAUGCAUUGGCUGUAGCCAUGAAGAUAAUCAACACAUUCGAGGUCAACAACCAGGACUCUAUCCUCAAGUGCCGAGAAAUUGCUCGUGAAAUUCUCGGUCCCGAUGUUGACUCUCACAAGGUGUAUGAAGUAGGAAAGGAUCCCGUCGUCUUCGGAAUUGGUCAUUGCCACAUCGAUAGUUGCUGGCUCUGGCCUUGGGCUGAGACAAAGCGCAAAGUCGUUCGCUCUUGGAUGAACCAAUGCGAUCUCAUGGAGCGGUACCCAGAGGCCAAUUUUGCUUGUUCCCAAGCUCAACAGUACAAGUGGCUCAAGACCUACUAUCCUGCUGCCUACAAGCGAGUCAAGCAGAAGGUAAAGGAGGGCCAGUUCCACCCUAUCGGUGGUAGCUGGGUCGAGCACGACACAAAUCUGCCCAGUGGUGAGUCGCUUGUGCGACAAUUCUUCUACGGCCAACGGUUCUUUGAGGCCGAGUUCGGCUCGAGAUGUCGCACGUUCUGGCUUCCUGACACUUUUGGAUAUUCGAGCCAGCUUCCUCAACUCUGUCGCCUGGCCGACAUGGAUCGUUUCCUGACCCAGAAACUGAGCUGGAACAAUAUCAAUAACUUUCCUCAUACGACAUUCAUGUGGAGAAGUAUCGAGAAACAUAAAACGAUGCGAGUUGAUAGCUCUUCUCUGCUUGUCUUCGGUAAAGGUGACGGUGGUGGCGGCCCUACUUGGCAACAUUUUGAAAAGCUCCGUCGAUGCGCUGGAAUUAGCAACACUAUUGGUGGAAUCCCCAAGAUCAAGAUGGGCUUGACUGUUGACGACUAUUUUGAUCGACUGAACCAGAAAGCCACCGAGUUCCCUACCUGGUACGGCGAACUCUACUUCGAGCUACACAGAGGAACAUACACCACACAGGCCAACAACAAGUACUACAACCGAAAGGCUGAGGUGAUGCUACGAGACAUCGAGCAACUGGCCACGUUUGCAUCGAUCAAGAACAAGAAGUACAAGUAUCCAACCAAGGAUCUCGAUGACAUGUGGGAAUCAGUACUUCUCUGCCAGUUCCAUGACUGCCUACCAGGAAGUAGCAUCGAGAUGUGUUACGAUGAUUCCGAUAAGGUCUACGCUGAAGUUUUUGAAACUGGCAAACGUCUUCUGAACGAUCUCUACGAUGCGCUCCAUGUUACCAGCCAGUUCUCAUCCUCUCUCGACGAAUCGGUGGCCAUCAACACAUUGCCUUGGCACCGAAAGGAGCUCGUAGAGCUCUCCGAUAGUGAGGUCGGUGUCGCAUGUGGUGACGGCCAACUACUGGCUCUCCGCUCGUUCAAGGUGCAAGAGGAGAAGCCUGCAGUCACUGUAAUGGAACAGUCAACCGAUGUAUAUGUCUUGCAAAACGACCAACUCCGUGUUGUUGUCGACAAUGGUGUCAUCACGUCCAUUUACGACAUUGAGAAUGAUCGCGAGGUUGUCGAGAAGGGCGGUGAGGCCAACAAGUUUGUCAUAUUCGAUGAUAUUCCGCUUUACUGGCAGGCUUGGGAUGUCGAAGUUUACCAUCUCGAUGCCCGCAGAAAUGUUGAAUAUGGCAAGACCAAGAUCUUUGAACAGAAGCCCCAUCGAGUUACCCUGGUCACUGAGAUCAAGGUCAGCGAAAACAGUUCGAUCAAGUCAUACACCACCCUCUCGGCGGCUCUUAAAGGUCAACCUCCUCAAAUUGAUGUCAAGGCCAACGUCAACUGGCACGAAGAUUCAAAGUUCCUCAAGGUUGAAUUCCCUGUCAACGUUGUUAACAAUGAGGCUUCGUACGAGACAGCUUUUAGCAUCACCAAGCGACCAACCCACUACAACACAAGCUGGGACAUGGCCAAAUUCGAGGUGUGCUGUCACAAGUUCGCUGAUCUCUCAGAGAACAACUACGGCGUUUCUAUCCUGAACGACUGCAAAUAUGGCUUCGCGACCGCCGGCAAGAUGAUGCGAUUGUCACUUCUACGAUCGCCCAAGGCACCCGAUGCCAAUGCUGAUAUGGGACGCCACACCAUUCGAUGGGCUAUUCUUCCCCACAAGGGAGGUCUGUCUUCGACCACGGUCAAGGCUGCGUACGCUUUCAACAAUCCUCUGAAGCCUGUCACGGCUUCCAAGGUCGUCCUCGAAAGCCUUUCUAGUGCGCCCAUCAAGCUUGUCAACACUGACGAGUCCGACUCUCUGGUGCUUGACACCAUCAAGCGAGGCCAGGACGAUGAAGACGUGACCCGAAAGGAGGGUUUACGUGUGAACAAGGGACAAAGCAUCAUUAUUCGCGUAUACGAAUCUCUGGGUGGUCGCAGUCGUGGUACCAUCAAAACGAGCUUUGACGUCAAGCGUGUCACCAAGACAAACAUCUUGGAGGAUGACCUGGAAGAAAUUGAAUAUGAAGAUGGCAAGAUCCCAAUUACGCUGCGACCUUUCGAAGUCGCCACCUUUAAACUCCAGCUGUAGAGCGACACGGAACUAGAGGGUUGCGUUUGUACAGACUCAGAACAAGACAGGCGUUGGGUUGUCGUUUGAAAUGCUAGCAAGCCGACUGGUCUUGCUCAAUAUUACACUGCGGAUUAAACAUAAUGAGACUUGAUGGGUUACCACGGCAUUCCACUCGACUGGGCAUCAGUUGUAGCACGAUUGGUGCAGUAGCCGAGAGCAGCAUGGCCAUGAAACAAGAACUUAGUCAAUUACCAAUAAAUGGCUCUAUUUGCGGUUCCUAAAACGCCAUUUCCUUCAUGUGAAUUGAUAGCUAUAAACAUCUAGGCCAAGGCGAAUGCAUCCUCGACCCGUAGAUGAUCAACAAGGAAAUAUCUUUCCCGGUAUCCAUAACUCGUCGCUCUGUAAUACAGUACCUUGAAAAUUACACACACCCACACACAUGUGGCACCUAAUUAGAAUCAUCAGGUAGCUCCUCAAUGACUGUCUGGACCAUUUGGAUGAGCUCGUUGAUGUCAGGCCGCUCCGCAGGCUCGACACAAAGACACUUCCUCACGACUUCGCGAAUAGGCUCGCUAAUCUCAACCGCAGGUGCUUGCUGCUGCUGCUGCUGCGACUGUCCUUGCUGCGGGCGCAUGCUGUUAUUCCGCUUGACACCAGCAGGGCCCUCAUCGGGGAAACGCCAGUCACCACCCAAAACACACAACGACAGGGUACCACCAGUCUCAUCCGAGCGCAUCUCAAAGGGUGACUUGCCAACGAGGCAAGCGUAGAGAGUACAGCCCAGCGACCAGAUAUCAACCUUUGUGUCGAUCACCAUGCCGGUCUGGACGUCAAAAAGCUCAGGGGCGCGGUAAGGCAUUGUUGAGUGCUCGGCGGCUGUGUCUUGGAUCUGAAGGGCGAGAGAUUGUGAUGUUACAGGAAUAGGCGAGGGCGCAACGGAUCCAAGAUCCAUAAGAAUCGGGGUCGAACCAGUGUCAUCAAUCAUGAUGUUACCUGAUGCUAUGUUAGCGCUUGAAAGUAAAUUGGUACAGCUGACUGCUCACCUGGCUUGAUAUCUCUGUGGGAAUAAU